UGUUAAACAUAUGUUUCUAGGAGUUACACAGUUGCAUUACUGUCUCAUGCCUGAUGCUGAUAAAUUGCUUGGCUCACUGACUAGGAAAUGCCUUGACAGCAACCAAAACAUUUUCCAAGGUAUUUGACCAAGGGAUUAGGAAGAGUACAUUUGAUCUAGAGCAUGGACAGUUGACAGUGAAAUGGAGGAGGAGAGAACGACACAGAGGAACAUCUCAGGGGAGUUGAAGGAUGAAGAUGAUGAUUAUCCCACCUGGGCGGUCAGCACUCUUACCACAAUCCUGGUGGUCACCAUUAGUGGAGAUAUUGUGGGUAACCUUCUGGUCAUCACAUCUGUCUUUAGGAACAAGAAACUUCGCAAAGCAGGAAAUGCAUUUGUGGUCAGCUUGGCAGUGGCUGACUUGCUGGUCGCCUGUUACCCAUACCCCUUGGUUCUGUUGGCAAUUUUCAACCAUGGCUGGAGGAUGGGCCACUUGCAUUGCCAAAUGAGUGGAUUCUUCAUGGGACUCAGCGUGAUCAGUUCUGUAUUCAAUAUCACGGGGAUUGCAGUCAAUCGCUACUGCUAUAUCUGCCACAGCAGCUGGUACAAUCGCCUAUUCUCUAAUUCCAGCACAAUUUGCUAUGUGGGUCUUGUAUGGGUGUUGGCCCUGGCGGCCAUUUUGCCAAACCUCUUUGUGGGAUCCCUACGAUACGACCCUCGUAUAUUCUCCUGCACAUUCGCUCAAUCUGUCAGCUCCUAUUACACCAUUGCUGUUGUGAUCUUCCAUUUUUUUUUGCCUAUCGGGGUGGUGAGCUACUGCUAUCUACGCAUCUGGGUGCUUGUUCUCAAUAUUAGGCACAGGGUCAAACCAGAUAGGCACCUCCAUCACCAGACAUGGCCUUACAAUAUCCAUGGGUUUAUCACCAUGUUUGUGGUGUUUGUCCUCUUUGCAGUAUGCUGGGGCCCGUUGAAUAUCAUUGGACUGACAGUGGCCAUCUAUCCACCCCUUGGAGAUUCUAUACCUCAAUGGCUCUUUGUAGCUAGUUACUUCAUGGCCUAUUUCAACAGCUGUCUCAAUGCUGUGGUCUAUGGUGCUCUGAACAGAAAUUUCCGUAGAGAAUAUAAGAAGAUCCUGUUAAACAUCUUCCAGUUGACCUGAAGAACUGUAAAACAUUUAGCCUUUAGUUAAUUUAACGGAUGUAUGUACAAAAGAAAUUAAAAAAAUUUUUGUAUGUAAAUAAAGAUACCUGCACCUUCCAUGAAUAGCUGAGCGAGUCCUGAAAACGUUUUUGCACUAUGGGAAUAAAGCUAAUUGCAAUUCACUGAAUACAACUAUAGAAAUGGUGCAAUUAUGGGAUUAAAUUCAGCAUGCAGUCUUGCAAAGGACAUUCACGUGCCUGUUUAGUAUAAAUUGACGGCUUCUCAGCAAAUUCUUAAAAUAACUUCUAUUUUAGAUUCAUGGCAUCUUGAAAAAUAUUCUGUCGUACAUU